UCCCAUCCGAACGUCAUUGGUGUUAUCAACUGAUGUCUCAUGUGAGCUCGCCGCAGGGUAUCCAAAUCCCAAUCAUUUAUCUUCUGACAACACUGCGCACCAACUAAAAAGCGACGGAACAUUGUACCACCAUGUGCACGUUAGAGAAGCGCGGCAACAUCUUCUUCUUGACUCUCACAGGCGACGAUGAGCAUCGCCUGAACCCUACCCUCAUCGGCUCGCUCCGAUCGGCUCUGCGCGAAGCACGGGAGCAAUCGACUAGCGGCUCGGCUCUCAUCACCACCGCUCGCGGCAAGUUCUUCUCCAACGGUUUCGACCUCGCCUGGGCCCAAUCCGGCGGCUCCCCUUCCGCAGCCCGUGAUCGGCUUCACCACAUGGUCGUUUUAUUCAAGCCGGUGGUGGCGGACUUGAUCUCCCUCCCGAUGCCGACGAUCGCCGCCGUGACGGGCCACGCCGCCGCCGCGGGGAUGUUGCUCGCGAUGAGCCACGACUACGUGCUCAUGAGGAGUGAUAGAGGCGUGCUGUACAUGAGCGAGCUGGACAUAGGGAUGACUUUUCCGGACUACUUCACGGCGAUGGUGAGGUCGAAGGUGGGAUCUUCGGCGGCGCGUAGGGAUGUGUUGUUGAAGGCGUCGAAGGUGAGAGCGGCGGAGGCGGUGGCGAUGGGGAUCGUUGACUCGGCGCACGAUAGCGCGGAGGGGGUGGUGGAGGCUGCGGUUCGGCUGGGGGAGGAGUUGACUAAGAAGAAAUGGGAUGGAGAGGUGUAUGGGGAAAUAAGGAAAUCACUAUAUCCAGAGCUAUGUGGCAUCCUAGGAUUGGCUGAUAAAGUUGUAACAGCUUCUUCAAAGCUUUGAAGUAUGAAAAUUGUUUUCUAUGAUUUAUGAAAUUGCGUUGGGGAAAUUUGGUUACAAAGUUUGAUUGUGACCUAAUUUUGGAAGUGGUGUAUUACAAUGAAGUGAAAAUAAAGACUAAUGCUAUAUGUAUCAAUUAGUUCAUUCAUUAUUAUAUCAAUAGAUGAUAUGACAUAA